AUGGCUUUGUCGGAUUACUCGCUCGCCACCCUGCGCUUCGUCUACACAUCGAAGCUGCGACGCGAGCUUCAGUUCUCCAUCACCAACCUCCGUAAAACUCUGGAGUGGUCGGACGAGACCUGGCCGGUACCACAACGACUGCCACGGAGGGCCUGGCGGGUGUCCUAUCUGAAAUUGCCCUUCCGAGCCAAGAUAAAUAUCCGUCACCACGUCUUCCACGACUACAGAUAUCAGUUUACUUUCCGGAACGUCCAGGACGUUCCAGCCGCGGUUAGCACUGUCUUGGGCUCCAUGACUCCAGAAACCCACUGCGUCUGCCAAUUCAACUGGCAUUACCAUGGUGCUCCUUUGCUCUGA